UACUAUGCAGGUUGUAUAUACUGCAUCGAGUACCUGUAACUGCACGUGCAUUUCUCUCCGGCUUUUUUUAUCUCAGCUAUGGAUACUUAUUUAAGUGUUCAUUUUUUUUGUUGGAGAUGACGUGCCUCGUCAUAUCUUUAUUAAUUGUUUUACAGCAGUGUAUAAUCGAAUGAGCGAAUUGUUUUGAAGAAUUGCCAUUCAAACUCCAGUGGUCUUCUUGGGUGGAAGAGCGAGAAGGCCCGCUAACGUUUUGGGAGUGGUUCUCCAAAUUGUUUUGAGGACAGACGAAUUGACGAAUUAUACAUCGAUUAGGAGCAAAACAAGUUAAAACAUACACAUUAUUGCUUCAGCAUUCUGCGAGCGUGUAAUGUAACCUAAUAAAAGCGGAGCUUUUUGAAUGUACUUGUUACUAUAUUGUUUAUCGGUGCAGAAAUUCGUCUCUAACAAAGUGAAGUGAGAUUAUAGUUUGGAGCAUUAUGCUACUACCACUUUGGAUUUAAUCUCUGGAGCCUAGAUUGUUUGUUCAUUAAGAGAGCAAUUUUUGUAUCUAUCUAUCUACAGUGAACUAUACGAGUAUUCUUGUUACAAAAAUGGGGGACAAAAAUUGUUCACCUCCUCAGCAAGGCUUUAAUGCCAAAUUGAUACCCCGUAGUGUUAUGAUUGAAAAAAUGAGACAAGCUAACGAAAAAAAGAAAUUAGUAAAAGAAAAAGAAGUAAUUGAAAAAGCUCGAAAUGAGGCAGCAGUUGAUACACAUAAUCGUCUAGAUUGUUUAAGUAGUUCAUCUGAUAGCAAGAAGAUUUUUAGUAGAUCUGUUUUACAGGAACAGCUUUUUGCAUUGUCCAUGUCACAAAUGAAAGUACAUCAUCGUAACCAUCAACAUGCAAGUGAUUUAAAAAAUCGUCAGCAUAUGCAAGAAAAACAGAAUUCCGCACAUCAUCAAAAUAAAAACACAAGAAAUAACAAAGAAUAUUCGAGAAAACAGAGUUCCAAAAAUCUUGAAGACCGUCAGUCAAAAUCAAGCUCAGAAUCUCCUCAAACUUAUUGCUCGAAAGAAAGUCAUCAGCAAGAUGUUCCAAGAUCAAAUUCAUACCAAUCAAGUAGUCGUCCAUCUUACCGAGAUAAUCACAUGAGCAGCAGAUUUUCUCAAAAUAAUUGUAGACCUACACCGCGUCCAACACCAUAUUCUUUUUCACUUCCUAGUGGAAUGUCAACUACAACAAAAUUAGAAUCAAAACCUGUGGAUACUGAAAUAUCUUUCUCAUUGUUACGUGACAGACCUUUGCCAGAUCCAAAGGAAUUGUCUCCUCAACGUCCUACAGAAAUAAACUCGUCUUCAGAUUCUACGCCAGAUUCAUUUAAGUCAGCUGUGGGAGAGCAGCAAGAUCCAAAAAUUUCCAGUAACUUUAAAUCAUCAAUGCAUUCACAAUCCAUUAGAUCUUGUCGAAAAGCGUUAUCAGCAUCAUCUGAAAAAUAUGACUCCCGUACCUACGGUUUGAAAUCAGCUUCAUCAUUAAAAAAUAAGUUAUUUCAAGAUACGAUUGAAAAAAAAUCUGAUAGAUCAGCUACUGAUUUUUCGGAAGAUACGAAACAAGAUAAACCGUAUUACAGGAAAUUAUUUAGAUCUCCCGUCAGAAGGGAAAAACCAAGAUUGAGACUUUCAAUUGGCGUGUUUCCUGGUUCACCUGACUCAGAACCCAAUCAAUCGUCGUCCGAAAAUUCAUCUCCUCUGCAAGGUUGUAAGCUUAACCAAGAGAUCUUAAAAAAUAUUUCUCCGUCUUCAGACAGCUCCAAUCUUUCUCAGCCUGCAUCUAAAAAAUUAUCAUUUACUGAUAAAUUAAAAUUAAACUAUACUGCAAAUUCAUUUUUGCAAAAGUACAAAUCAAUGCAGCUUGACGUUACCAAUUCAUCUUCAGUUUCCGAUGAAUCAGAUUUUACUCAAUCUUUCCAGGCUAAUACACCUGAUUCCUCAUAUCUAAAGACAAAUGAAAAAAUUUCUGCAAAGCCAUGCAAUGAAAUGUCAUCCGAUUCGGAAUCUUCUGUACACUCGACCAAUUUGAGCGAUGUAGAAGAAGAAUUACUUGCAAAAAAAACGAGUACUAGAGAAGGUUUACUCCAUCUAAAAGCACCGGUAGGUAGCACUAAAAAUCCAGAUGAUUUUUAUCAUAGUCAUGGUGCAAUGGAGCCCAUAAAUUGGAACGAGAUUAGGAGCAAUUUCAAGCCUUCUCCUGAAAAUCAUGAAAGAGUCAUUCCCAGUAGAAUUACAAAACCUAACGAAUUGCUAGAAAAAUAUUCUACGGGCAAACCAGAUGCUAAUGUUGAAUCUAAAGAAUUCAUUAAUUUCGUAGACAAUACAACCACUUACAAGACAAUAUUUGAAACUAAAGGUAACAUAGAAGUAGAGCCGCGGGCAAUUGAUGACCCUAUUGCCAAAAUUCAAAGACUUAUUAAUUACGGUAGCAUUUGGAAUGUUUCUUAUUUGCCCAAGGAGUUACAAGAAGUGUUCAAAAACAAUUCACAGCAGUCGUCUAGUAACGUAACUGAAAUAAUUGAUUACACCCAGAGUAGGAAGUCGUCCAAGUCCCUUCCUACCAAAACUGUUGAAUCGGUACCAACAAUGAAAGCAAAAUAUUCGGCCAAAAAGAAUGUCUGCAGUGAAACCGCAAGGGCAACAUACGAGACAAUUGAGACGAAACGUGAAUCUGAUGAGAUAACAGAAUCUGGACCUAUUGACCAAAAUAAUACGACACACUAUACAGAAUAUACGGAUGAUAUGUUCGAUUUUGAGAUUCCUAACUCUAAUCAUGACGUUUAUCGAGUUAAACCAAACCAACCGAUUGAUUCACCUGAUGUCAUGAUGAAAAAACCUAUCCAAAGCCCACCAUUCAACUCUAAUGUUGAUUCAGAUGACACAUUUUUGCUGAAAAUUAGCGAAUUGGAUAGUUCAUUGACUGCAAAAGAUCCUCAGUCACCUGUAAAAUUGAAAAAUGUUGAAAAUGAAGUUUUACAAAAUAAGUUAGAAGUUCGGAAAAAUUCCGUACCAAAUUCUAUCAAUGAUUCCCUUAUUGAUAUAAAAAAACAACCAUAUGAAGUACCAAGUACUAGAUAUUGUAACAAAUAUGACAACGAAUAUUUUACUGAUAAGGAAUCUAAUUCUGUUAAUGGUGAAAUAAUUGAUAUAGUCAAAAAGCAACCAGUUGAAAAACGCAAUACUAAAUUUUAUAAUAAAUUUGACGACGAAUAUUUGGCUGAUGAGGAACCAAUUCAAAUACAAGAAAUAAUCAUUCGAAAAAAGGAAACAGAAGAAUUUUUGAAACCAGUAUCCACACGAUAUUUCAAGAAAACGGUAUCAGACAAACAAGACAACUAUCCAAAAAUCUCUCAGGUGUUCGAGAAAACUGAUUCAAAUCAAUCAAUUUCAUCUAUCAAAGAAAAAGAUGAGUUUAAUGAAAUCGUUCAUGGAAUAGUCGAAGAAAUAUAUGAAUCAGAUGUCGUUCAUGAAGUAAUCAAAGAAAAAAAUGAAUCUGAAGAAAUCGUAUAUGGAGUAGUUGAAAAAAAAGAUGAAUCUGAAGAAAUCGUUCAUGAAGUAGUCAAAGAAAUACAUGAAUCUGAAGAAAUCGUUCAUGGAAUAGUCGAAGAAAAAGAUGAGUCUAAAGAAAUUGUUCAAGGAGUAGUGGAAGAAAAAAAAGAUUUGGAAGAAAUCAAUUGUGGAGUAGAGAACGUUAACUUGUAUGAGUCAACGUUAUUAACUGAACAAAAGUUAAAUAAUCUAGACGCACCUAAAUCAACUAUUGAGAUAAAAUGUGACGAAGAAGACGAUUACUCCAUAAAAAAGCGUAAUCCAAAGCAAGAAUUUUUUAAUUAUUUGGACAGUAACCCGAAAAGUAGCAGUGAUAGCGAUGUUGACAGCACAGAUUUUUCCGAAUCAAAAUCAUCGUCAGCCAUUAUCAAAGAGAUAGAAUUUGAUUCUGAAAUGGAUAAAAUUGACAAAGCCAUAAAUUUGGCUUCUGAACAAAAGUCAAAAAACGUUGCAUCACUUAAUGACUCCUUGAAUACUUGGGAAGAAAAAUACGCUACAGAAAUUGAAUCUGUAGAUUCUGACGAAGAAUUUGAUUUUGUUAACUUUGAAAACUUCCCCGUGCUACAGCAACUUAUGGGUAGUGUCAAAAAUGUUCAAAAUUCGUUUAUUAAUCAGAUGACUAAUCAUCAAGAAAAUGAAAAUUUUGCGAAUGUAAAAGCUAUCGCAGAUAAACGGUCGGUUCCGAGUUUAUCGACUUUAUUUGCUAAGAAUAAAAACAUUUUUGAGAACGUAAACCUUAACAUAAACGACGUUCAAAAGAGCUUCUCAGAGUAUAAUAAAUUAUCAGUAAUAAAUGAAGACAAAAACAUCUUAGAAGCUGAAACCAAAAGUGACUUAGAGCAUCAGCAGAUUAACGAAGCACCUGCUCGAGAGUCAAAAAAACAAAAAAAUAAAAUGGAAUUGCUGAAAAAGAUAAGCGCUGUAAAAGCUGCCCAAAAACAGAACGAGAGUUCAGAGUUGAAUAGCACUUUUCUUGGCAAAAUAAAAAAACUCAAUUUGCCCUUUUUUUAA